AUGUUACUGGUCACCUGGGUUACCUGGACUCAACAUAUCAAAAACGUUAAAGGUGAAUGCAUGAAAAGUAUGAACAUCCUUCGAACCCUAUCUCAUCAUCACUGGGGAUGCGAUGAAGAAAUCUUGCUGAGAAUCUACAGAUCAGUAAUUCGAUCAAAACUGGAAUAUGGCAACAUUCUCUAUUCCACGUCAUGCAGAACAAAUAUGAAUCUACUGAAUACCGUACCCAAUACAGCAUUCCGCAUCAUCCUUGGAGCCUUCCGAUCAAGCCCAUCAGAGAGCCUCCAUGUAGAAGCACAAGAAAUGCCACUGAACCUUCGUCGACAGAAAACUCUCCUUUCGUAUGCUCUGAAGGUAUUUGCUAUGCCAAACCAUCCAGCACAUGAUCCGAUGAAAACAUCGAAAUACCCAACCACUAUAAAACCUAUGACGCUACUCUCAAUUCCACAGAUGGUCCAACAGCACUCAGAGUCCAUAAAUCUUAACUCAUUAGUGCCAAUGUUCUACUCGAAACAUGCUCCCUGGUCCAGACACCAACCGAUGCUAAAUACAGUCCUACAUAGAUACAAUAAACAGGAAACUCAUGGUGCAAUUCUAAAACAACAUUUCCUUGAAUUGAAAACCAAGGAGAAAUUCGAUGAGGAAUUUUACACCGACGCAUCUAAAGAUGAACACGGAGUUGCAUGCUCGAUAGUUAACGAACACAAUAACACAGUAUCCUACAAACUUCCACCUACCAGCAGCAUUCAUACUGGUGAACUGUUCGCAAUCUACAAGUCUCUAUUCAGCACCAUGACGCCAGGCCAACAUAUUGCAAUAUUCACAGACUCAUUAUCAUCAAUUCAGUCGAUAUCCAACAUAUAUUCUAAUAACCCACUAAUACAAAAAAUUCAGGAACGAUGCCAUAUAGUUAAAACCAACAAAAACAUCUCUACGACCAUAAUUUGGAUACCAUCUCAUGUGGGUAUAGAAGGAAACGAAGUUGCAGACCAAUCCGCGAAACUGGCACUAUCCUCUGAUCUUCCCAUCACAAACUUUCAGUUGCACUCAGACCUAAAGGCGACAAUAAAGUUGAAAUCCCUUCGAGACUGGCAAACAAAGUGGAAUAGCAGCAAUAACAAGCUACAUGCAAUCCAACCUGAAAUCGAUUCCCCGCUAAAAAUCAGUCUGAAUAGAAAGGACAAAAUAGUAAUUAGGAGACUAAGAAUAGCACACACCAGGCUUACACACGGCUACUUGAUGUCAUCAGAAGAACAUCCUAUAUGCGAAUACUGUCGAGAAACUCGUUUAACUGUAGAACACCUUCUAUCUCGCUGCCCACAUUAUGAUGAAAUCCGUCGUCGAAUGGGACUCAAAGAAAAUUUAAAGGACAACCUCAACUCAGCAACGCAAAUUGAAGCAACAUUGAAAUUUUUGAAAGAAUGCCAAUUGUACAACCACAUAUAA